AUGGACAACCUCACCCUCUACAUCCUCACCUUCAAUUGCGCUCGCAACCCCGUCGAUAUCGACCUCUUCGCGUCGCACUUCUUCCACGCCCUUCCCCACACCGUCCCCUCCGCACCGCACCUCAUUGCCCUCAGUCUCCAGGAACUCGCGCCUAUCGCCUACGCCUUCCUUGGCGGCUCUUAUUUGACACCGUACUUUACCUCCUUCCGGCAGGUGGUCGCCCGCGCCGCCGCAAGUCGCUGGGAGGAUGUGCAGUACGCCACUGUUGUGGAGGACCAUGUCGGGAUGACGGGGUUGAUGGUAUUCGCGCGGUCGGACGUCGUCGGAAGGAUUGCAUCGGUGCAGACCGCGGGUGUCGGGCUGGGGUUGCAGCAGAUGGGGAAUAAGGGGGCUGUAGGGGCGAGGCUGGGGUGGAUGUUGGAGUCAGAGUCAGAGUCUGAGACGGUGCUGGUGCCGCUGACAUUUGUUUCAGCACAUCUUGCGCCUGCGGAGGAUGCGUUUGAGCGGCGGAAUGAGGAUUGGAGGGCGAUUGUGGAGAGGUUAGUUUUUAGUACCACCACUACAACCACAAGCCAGGAGGAGGACGAGGAGGAGGAGGAGGAGCGCGCGGCGCUGCUUGGUUCGUCGAGGGCGACCGGGGAGAGUGACGGCGAGGGGGUAUUUACGGGGGGUUAUCUCUUUCUCGCGGGUGAUCUCAACUACCGCACGUCCAAUACGCUGCCACAGCCGGCGGAUAUCGCGCGUUUCCCUGGCCUGGAGGCCGACGAGAGCGACCCGCUGCAUUACUCGCGGCUGCUGCGCGAGGACCAGCUCACCCGCGAACGAGAGAAGCGCCGGUGUUUCCACGGCCUGUCUGAAGCGCCGAUCGGUUUCCCGCCGUCGUACAAGUAUGAACUGGGGGCGCGGGAUCCGCGCGACUGGAAGUUUGUCCACAGCCGUUGGCCCAGCUGGUGCGACCGGAUCCUGUAUCUGGAGUCUUCGACGGCGACGGUAACGCCCUACCGAUAUGAUGCACUGCCUCUAUUUCCGACGUCUGACCAUCGAGCCGUUGCGCUGGCGGCGGCGGUGGUGCUGCGGUCGAUCCAGGCCGGUCCAUCGGAUUCAGAAUCUGCCCCUGCGACAGACAUGCAGCAGCAGCAGCCGCAGCCGCAGCCGCAGCCGGCGCCGGCGCCGGCAGCCCCAUUCCCGAUCGACCGGGACUGGAAACGCAAACGAGAUGAGGCCCGACGCAAGGAGUUGGUGGUGGGAGGAUUGGCGUAUCUGGGGUUGACCUGGGAGGGCCGUCGGUACCUGGUGGGCAUGGUCAUUGGCGGAUUGGGAGCGUGGUUCAUUCUGCGAUCGAUGCUCAACGUCUGA